UCACUUCACUUGGGGCUCAAGGCUCAAACCGCUCAAGUAGUCAAGUCUCAAGUGCAACACUGAAGCAACGAGUCAUAAAAAAUUUUCUCUCUCCUCUCCUCACAUUUGAAUUUCAGUGGUUUGAUUUCGCGCUAAUUAACCAUUGUUUUCUCUCUCCUACACUCCAUUUUUUCCCCUCAAAUUUUCUUCAAUCAAGCUUCAUCUUCGAAUUCAAGAUGGAGGCGCUUUACAUCAAACUCUACGAAAAGUACUCAAAACUCAAGGUGGCAAAGGAUCGUGAGUUGGAUCAAGCUAAUCAAGAACAAGAAGGGAAAUUUAUUGAGUUUAUGUCUGCGGCGGAAUCUCUAGUAAAUCAUUUGACCACUGAGAACAAGAGAUUGUUAGAAACUAUUGAUGAAUUACGGAGUGAAGUUGUGUCGCUGAGAACUGCUAAAGACCAGCAGUAUGAUGAUUUCCAGCAACGCUUAAUGGAGGAGAAACAAAAGAAUCACGAGCUUUCUGCAGAGGUUGAGCAACUACACCAGUUACAGCAGGAGAUUCCCAACUCUAGCAACCAAAAUAACCAACAUGAGGAGCAAAAUAUAAACAGUAUUCAACGUAGCCCAUCUGUAUCUCGAGGGCUGGUGAAUGAAUCGCCAAUGAGAAUGACAAGGACACGUGCUAGACUUCUAAUGGAAACUGAAUCUGCCAUAAAUAGUGCAUCAGCUGGUCUUCACGAGCCUUCAACCAAGAAAAAAAAGUUAUCAGAUCAAUCUAAAGAUGUUUCGAAUGCAUAUGUGCAGCCAGAGUGUUGUCGAAGCAACAUUGACAAUGAAGGUCCUUGUAAAUGCCUAUUUCAAAAUUUUGUCGAGUGCCUGACUGGCAUGAAAGUUUCUGUUGCAAAUCAGCCUGAGGGAAGGUGUUUACAUGCAGUUCAUCAGUCCAGUGGUUAUUCAUUUACUUUGACAUGGGUGAAUAAGGCUGCCCCAACUGGAGAGUUAUUGUAUCAUGUUUCCUCCCUAGGGACAUUUGCUAAUGUGGCUCCGGAGUGGAUGCAAGAAGUUAUCAUCUUCAGCACAAGCAUGUGCCCCAUUUUCUUUGAGAGGAUAUCUCGUGUUAUCAAAUGUCGCUAGCUCUUGGCUUCUUGUGCUGCCACAGGGUCGUUUUGGUACAGCACCUUUGAUCCAAUGACUGAAAUUCGAGAUUUAUUGGUGCAUUAGUGAUGGAUAUACUAGCACUUGUCCCUCCUUAUCUAAUAGUUCUGGUAGCAUCCUAAAUUGUUCAUUAUAUGUGAUGUAGUAAACGUUGCGAAUUUUCAGAUAGUUUCUCACCUAGAAAAGCUACUUUUGUAAGUUAUAGUUUUUAAUCUAAUUCCUUUUACAGCGUUGUGUA